AUUUCCAUUUUUUUUAAUUAAAAAAGAUACAAAUUUAAUUGGUAUCCUUUUAGUUUUUCCAGUAUGAACCUAUGUACCCAAUUCUCUUGAUCCCUCCAACCUUAAGAUUGGUUCUCAAGUUGAGAAUUUUCUCUUUCUUUCUUAAUUAGUUUCUUACUUUACUUAGAUCACUUGAUUAAUUUGAUUAACAAUUCUUUUCGGUUUUCCCUGGUAAGAUUAAGGUAUUUCUUUGCUAAAUGUGUAACUUAGGGAUUUGACUAUAUUGGAGGCAGUGAUCACAGAUCAUAAUUCAUAGUAGUGUGUGUGAGUGAUGCCAGUUCUCUCAUUUGUAUCUCAGUGUUUCUUCUUCACUAAUGGUAGUGGAAGUAAACACCACGCUUCACAUCCAAUUAUUGAUUCUGAGGUGAAGGGGGGAAGCAAAUUGGUGCCUCUGGAUUCUGAGGAACCAAGCAGUGGUGAUGAUGAACAACAUGAGCCUCUGGAUUCUAAGGUUCAAACAAGCUGGGAUGAACCGGUGGUUCCUGUGAUCUCUGAUGAGUUACCAAGUGAUCAUGAUCAAAAUCAAUCACUUUUGUUGGUUGAUUCUGUGUACUGCCACAUAAAUGAGGUGUUUGAGUAUUCUGAACUUGAAGAAGCCACCAACAAUUUUGACCCUAGUAGGGAACUUGGAUCUGGAGGAUAUGGGACAGUUUAUUUUGGAAUACUCAAAGAUGGACGUCAUGUGGCAAUAAAGCAGUUGCACAAAGACAUGCUGAGGAGUUUAAGGUUGCAUGACGAGAAUUCCGAGAGCAAUGAUAGAGUCACCAAGUUCUCAAACGAAUUUGCCAUCUUAUCUCACUUGAAGCAUGGAAAUCUUGUCCAGCUAUAUGGCUGCACCUCUCCUCAGAGCCAUGAAGUACUGCUUGUGCAAGAGUACAUUCCCAAUGGAACCGCUGCAGAUCAUCUUCUCAACAGGAGCUCUCCUCCGUGGUCUACGCGACUAAACAUCGCCAUACAGACUGCAGAAGCAUUGGCUUAUCUACACAGUUCUAGCAUAAUCCACCGCAAUGUGAAAACUAGCAACAUUCUGCUUGACAUAAAUUUGAAUGCUAAAGUUGCAGACUUUGGAUUAUCGCGCCUUUUCCCAGAAGGUGUAACUCAUGUUUCCACUGAUCCUGCUGGGACUCCGGGUUAUGUUGAUCCAGAGUACUAUGAGCAUGGCCAUCUUUCUGAGAAGAGCGAUGUGUAUAGUUUCGGAGUAAUAUUGCUUGAGCUGAUAACAUCCCUGCCAGCAUAUAGUGAGGACGAUAGAGAGCCUUUUCUUUCCAACUUUGCCAUGGUUAGAAUAAGCUGUGGGAGACUCCAGAGUAUUGUUGACCGAGAUCUUGGAUUUGAGUCAGAUGAUUGGAAUACUAAAACAAUUACCGCAGUGGCAGAGUUGGCGUGUAAGUGUCUUCAGAGCCAAAGUAAAUUGAGACCUUCCAUGGAAGAGGUGUUGAAUAGCCUUGUGAGAAUUAAAAGUUGUUGAAGCUCUUAGAAUGCUCUUAUAUGGUGUUACAAUAAUGUCACGAUUGUUCAAAUUCUCUCAUGCUAGCAUGGUGAUUUAUUUUGAGAAGAAAAUAGCUUAACCAAAGUAAAAUAUCACUUUUAUAUCUUAUACUUCCUCUGCCGACUAUAAAUAAACACCAUGUCUUAUAUAUAUCUUAUAUACUUCCUACCAAAACCAUUCUGUUUUCAUCUGUAAAAGAUAUUGUGUAUUGGGACACCGAUUAGAU